AUGUCCACCCUUCAUCACCACCCCUCGGAAAGCUGGCGUCCUUACCGCCCCAACUACGGCCACCCAACCACUGGACAUGUCCACGAGAUGCAUCCAUAUCCUUACCGUCGCUACUCACAGCAUGAGGAAGCCAGUCUAGUGCCGCAGCUAGGACCGAGGACAGGUAGCGUGUCGAGCAUGAAAAGCAACAAUGGCGGCUACCAAUCUGCAUCACCACCGCCGCCUCCUCCUCUCAUGAUCAACAACAAGAACCCAUCACCACCACCUCCCAUGGCAACAAACCCAAUGUCCAUCCAUUCGCCGCCACCCCUGGCGCCCACACCAACGAUCUACCGCCACAACGCCGACAACACCUCGUCGGCACCGGCGCAUAUGCAACAGCACCAUCGAGGGCCCAGCAACGUCGCCACCCUGGCAUCGUCGGCGCCCACAAUGGCAUACCCAGACAUGGCGGCCCUGCGCACCAUCCCGGAACACGAUGUCGACUCGGACUCGGACGCCGCGUCCCGCAGCAGCUCCCGUCGUUGUAGUUGCUGCUGCUGCUGUUGUCCAUGUGCGUGCCUCAGCGACCCGCCCAUGUGGCUCAGGCAGCUGUGGGAGUACAUCGUCCUCAACCGCUGUCUGGUGUACGGGCUCAUUGCUUUUGUGGUCUGCAGCGUCGUGUUUGGCAUCGUGUUUGGAGUCGUCAUUCCCAACGUCGCCGCGGCUGGAGGUGGUGCGGAGUCGAGUCUCUUGCCGAGUAGUACUGGGACACUGCCUACGGCGACCGUGACGCCGACGAGCACGACCGAGUCGAGCACGAGCAGUACUGCAACAUCUGCAACUAGCACUGCGAUACCAUUGCCUACAAACCUCCCCCCACAAUGCCAACCCUCGCGACACACAGCCCCGGUGUCGUGGAUGGGCAUCGCAGGCGCGACGGGCGGCUGGUCCUUCUCCUUCUCCUCGGCCGAGACCCCGGCCGAGUGCUGCCUGCACUGCUUCACCCAGGUCGACGGUUGCAAUGGCUGGCAGUUCACCCCGGGGUCCGCCACCUCGUGCACCGUCAUUGAGGGCUGGGAGGGCCAGAAGAACGGCGACUGGGACAAGGUGACGUGCCCGGACGGCAUCGCCGGGGUCCAGUUCAGGAAGCAAGGGCAGGGGGUCAGGGAGGGGAGCGCGGGCGGCGCGGGACCUUGCGGCAAGGUUGCCGGUUCGCAGUGA